AUGAAAGAAUAUACCUAUGAAGUCCAACAUUCAUGGGAGAAACAAAGACGAACAAUUGUUGCAGACAAUCAACAUCGACAGCAACAUCGUCAUCACCGUCAUCAUCAUCAUCAUCGAUGUUUCGGUAAAGACGACACUGCCAUUGACGCUGAUGCUAGCAGUAUGAGUGAGACGACGUCGGAGUCGGGUGUUAGUGAUCUCGAAACAAGUAUGACUGAUAUUCGGUGUACAUGUUGUCCGUAUGGUUAUCAUCUUGAUACUGAUUUUAUGAAGUUUCUCGACGAUAUGUAUGGAUCUGAUGUAUUACGAACAUUGAAAAAAAUCGAACGAAAACGACAUGAUGUACGACAUCGUCUUAUUAAUGAACAACAGGUAUUAACGAGUUUAAGAUAA